GUUGUUUAUAUUAUUAUGCAACAUGGCAGCUGUGUGGCAGCAGCAGGCGUUUGCAAUUGAUGCAAGAUAUAACGCUCAUCGAGCACCAAAUCAUCCAAAUUUCAGAACACUCUACAUAAGGAGGAGGUGUCAGUUGUUGCGGGAACACACAAAAGGAGAGGAUUCAGUGAUUCGGAAGCAUUACCUAAGAAUACGAAGCCAGCUUCUGCAGCAGCGGUAUGGCGUGUCAUGCGAACAGAGCAGCAUCCACAGCCGCAGCAUCAGUGCAAGGAGCAGUAGUAGGAUUAGUGAAUCACCAGAGAUCUCUCAGUUUCCGUCAGAAAAUAAUUUUGCAAGUGAUCAAGGAGUGCUUGUACCAACAAAAGAAGCUGAAGCUUCCCGUGCAAUUGUUGGGGGUACAUCAAUAGCAGAAAACUAUGCUUUUGUUGGUGUACAUCAUAUAUUUGAUCAACACACAGCUGGUGUGACAAUGUUAAAGUUUGCUAACAAUGACCGUUCACGUCUCUGCUGUGCUUCAUUUGAUGGCACAGUGUCUAUCUGCAAUGUGACAGCGAAUCCUCCGCACGUGGAGGUUGUUCUAAAAGGCCACAAGAAAGGUGUUACUGGUUGUGACUGGUCAGUGUCAAAUGACCUGAUGGUAAGCUGCUCUUUGGACGCAACGUUGUGUCUGUGGGAUGUUGCAAGUCAGAAGUGUUUACGUGUCGUCAAGGAUCAGAUGGAUGCAGAAAUGCUGUCAUGCUUAUUCCAACCUGCCAAUAACAACAUGGUGAUUGCGGGCAACUCGCGAGGAAUGGUCGAGGUGUUGAACGUGUCAACGGGGAUCUACCCACGAGGUGGCAGCAGCAAGCUGGGGGGUAAGGUCCUGGCACUGGCCUGUGAUGCUAGUGGGCAGUUGCUGUGGGCAGGUAACAACAAGGGUACAAUUGUAUCCUUCCUGUUUGAUCUGGAGACAGGAAAGCUCAGUAAGCUAUGUCGAUUGACUGUAGUUGAGAACUGCCCCAUUACCUGCAUCUCAUGGCGAGCAUGGAUCAGCCGGGAGGCAAGAGACCCCACCCUCUUGGUCAACUGUGCUGCCAAUGUUUUAUAUUUGUUCAGGGUCAUGGAUAAGGAAGGAGGUCUUCAGUUGAAACGGAAGUUUGCAGUCCACCAUAAGAACUGCCUUGUCCGUUCAAUCUUUUGCCCGAUCAUGUCUUUCCGACAGGGAGCCUGCGUGGUCACAGGAAGUGAGGACUCAUGCGUGUACUUCCUGAAUAUUGAGCGGGAGGAGAAGCCAUGUGUCAACAAGCUCCAGGGGCAUGCCUGUCCAGUGCUGGGGGUCAGCUUCAACUACGAUGAAUCACUCCUGGCUACCAGCGACCAGCAGGGUCUAGUCAUCGUCUGGAAGAGAGAGAAGCCGACCACCAACUCAGCACAACAGAACACUUAUGUAUAGUGACGGAAUUAUAAAAUAAAUAUUUAAAAUUUUG